GUAUAAAAGGGGCAGCGAGCAGAGGGAGCCCAGCAUCCUCAGCAGCACCGAGCUCAGUAACGGGACUCACCGGCAGCUCUAACGGAUUAAUAACGGCACCUGAACCGCCGCGAGGGAAUCCCCGACACCGGAGCUUUAAUCACUUCAUCCACCUGACACCGCGUGGUAAACUGCGGCUGCUGCACACCUUUAUCACGCACCUUUAUCAAGUUUUCUCUCCGGGAACUGACGCCUCUGACUCAGAUUUCUUCUCCGACUUCAGCGACUGCUCCUCGGACACUCUCUCUCCCUCUCUCGGCUACACCGGCAGCUUCUUCACGGAACCGGAGCCGGUACCGGCAGCAGCGGGUCUGAGCAGCACCGCGGACGCGAUCCUCAACAUGAUCACAGAGAUCGUCGGGAUCUGCACCGAGAUGGAGCAGCAGGGAGACUCCAGCCCGCCCUCUGCAGCCUCCUCCUCGCCCCCGCUCUUCGCUCCCAGCUCCGACCUCAGCAUCCCUCCUGUGGCCGCAGCCCAGCAGCUGCCUCCCGCCACCAUCUCACACCCGGUGGUGGUUAAAAGCGAGUUUGUGAGCUCCAGCUGCAGCAGCGGGUGUGGACAACCUUCCCUGUCCGGGAAUGAAGCUGUAUACGCGGCCAGCAGCGACUCUCUGCUCCCGCUGCCGGCUCUGGAGCAACAGGUGGAUGUGGCUGAUUUCAUCGACUCUCUGCUGAGCUCCGAGGCCGGCCUGGGCGAGCUGAAGCCCGGCUGUGAGGUGAAGCAGGAGCCGCUGGGUCUGGAGGACUGGUUGAAGAGUUUAACGGCGGCUCCGGUUACCGGAGGAGAUUCCGCCAGCUACGUCAUCAACAGACCGGUCGUCAAGACGGAGCUCGUGCAGAGCGGGAGCAACCUGCACUUCUCCCCCGCCCCCCUCCCCUCCACCCUGGACGCGCACCUGCUCUCCUCCCUCCUGCAGGGCGCGUUCCCGAUAGUCAACAUCAGCAGCGUGCACGCGGCGGGAGCCCCGAAGCUGUCACGCGGGGGCAGAAGAGCUCCCGCCAAGAACGGGCUGAAAGUGAAACCGUUCCCGUGCUCCGUGCAGGGCUGCGAGCGCCGCUUCUCGCGCUCUGACGAGUUGAACAGGCACGUGCGCAUCCACACGGGUCAGAAGCCCUUCCAGUGCACCAUCUGCGCGCGCAGCUUCAGCCGCAGCGACCACCUGACCACGCACACGCGCACGCACACGGGGGAAAAGCCCUUCUCGUGCGAUGUGUGCGGCAAGCGGUUCGCGCGCAGCGACGAGAGGAAGAGGCACGGGCGCGUGCACGUCAAGCAGCAGCUGCGCGCGCAGAUGAUGGCCGCCUACUCUCUGGCCCUGAACGCGCCCGGUGUCUGAACGGUGGCCGGUGAGGUCAGUGAAAGCUUCAGGAUUUGAACCGUCAACCGGAAACCGUCAGAGACGUUUCCCUGUGACGUCACACUGCCAGGAAGGUGUUUGGAGGUUUCAGAGGACUCCGGGUCCUGGUCCUGGUCCCGGUCCUGGUCCCGGUCCGGGUCCGGGUCCUGGCUGCAGUGGACUGCAGUGGACUGUGGGAGAGACAGCUGAUGAAGAGGAGGGAGAGAGGAAGGUGGACACGGUGCUGUUCACUGUGUGUAAAAUAGUGACCUUCGACCUUUGUGCAUGAAGACAAACUGUUGAUCUCAGAUGUUUUUAUCUUUUUAUGAAAUCUAUUUUUCUACCUGUUUUACAACCUGUGUGUCUGCGGCCGGUCAGCGUGAUGAUGUCACUUUUCUACGACUGUAAACUGAACUUUGUUCUAUAACUUUCAUUAAAGCACUGGUGCAUUGUGGGAUACGUAGUCUGAACUGUACAGAUACACUCCGCUCAGUGUCACAUCGCUGUGCAGCUUAUUGUUCCCUCGUUGUGCAUGGAGGUCAAUA